AUGAACUUGUUGUGCAAUGUUAAGCGACUAUUGCGGUCUCCUGUUCCACUGAGAAUGGUACAACCUUACAGAAGAGUGGCUACAAGCGAUUACAGUCCCACAAUAUACGCUUUAUCCACAAAAAUGGGCCGCGCUGCCAUUGGCGUCGUCAGAAUAUCUGGCUCACAAUCUCGAUAUAUUUACAAAAAAUUGACCAAAAAAGAGUCCGAGCCUCUUCCUCGUGUUGCUGCUGUUCGGAACUUGUACUCUAGUCGAUCUGGAGUGCAAUUGGAUAAUGCGUUGACAUUAUUCUUUCAGGCUCCUCAUACUUAUACCGGUGAAGAUUUACUAGAACUCCAUCUACAUGGUGGAACUGCUGUCGUACAAUCAGUGUUGAAAGCUAUAGAAGAGCUCCAUCAGCCCGAAAAGCAGAUAUUCAUCAGGUAUGCUGAAAACGGAGAAUUUUCACGCCGAGCGUUCAUCAAUGGAAAAUACGAUUUGAUGGAAAUCGAGGGUAUACGAGAAAUGAUCGAUGCUGAAACAGAGUCGCAACGAUUGGCAUCUCUUGCAUCCAUGGACGGCUCGAACAGUGGUUUGUUCAGGAGCUGGCGACAAGAAAUUGCACGGAACGUGGCCCUUUUGACUACGGUUAUAGACUUUGGAGAAGAUCACGAUAUUGAAGAAGUCUCACAACUAUUUGGUCAAGUGGGUGCCAACAUUCACCAGUUGGAAUCUAGCAUCAGGGAAUACCUCUACAGAGCAGAAAGGUCACAGGUACUUCUUAAUGGAAUCAAAUUGAGCUUAUUGGGUCCUCCUAAUGCCGGCAAGUCUUCCUUGUUAAAUUGCUUGGCUUCCAAAAAUGCUGCUAUCGUCAGUGAAAUAGCAGGAACAACCAGAGAUAUCAUUGAUAUACCUUUGGAUAUAAACGGCUACAAGAUCAUAAUUGGAGACACUGCUGGAAUCAGAUCUUUGGAAGACGCAGAUACCAUUGAAAAAGAGGGUAUUAAACGAGCAAAAGCAGCCUCACUAACUUCUGAUAUAGUGCUCUUGGUGCUACCAGUGGACAAGCCAGUUGUUGAUGAUUCUUUUCUCGAGCACAUAAAACAGCUAACGCAACAUAAAAAGAGAAUAAUUGUCGUUUUCAACAAGAGAGAUUUGAGUAACGAAACUCUCAACAAAAAUCUAUUAGAAAAAUAUAGCAGAGUAUUUGGCAUUGAAAAGCCACUAUUCCACUUUGUUUCUUGCAAUACUGGAGAAGGAAUCGACUCUCUUGCAAAAUCGCUUGUUUCUGAGUUCCAAAAUGUCACCACAUCAGACCCUAUCAUAGUCUCAACUCGGACUCGAGACUUGCUAGUAAACGAUGUUCUUCAUGGUUUUAAAGAGUUUCAGUAUUGGAGAGACCAAGAAGAUGUGGUUUUGGCUUCUGAAAGUUUGCGCCAAUCGGUGGAGGGUAUAGGUAAAAUCACUGGCGACGCAGUUGGUGUUGAAGAAAUUUUGGGAAUUGUAUUCUCUAGUUUCUGUAUAGGUAAAUAG